UAUGAAUAGGCGUUGCAGGGGAAUGAACAACACGCUGUCGGUGGAUGUUCACGUGAAACUCACACGCUUCAGAUUUGUGUGUGGUUUUGACUGAGGAGCUUCUCGGUGCCCAAGUCACCAAGCCAUGCAGGUCCAGGAUCUGAUUUGGCAGUUCCGUGUGCCUGAAUUGGGCGACUUCAGGCAAUACGUGCGGAGUUUGCCCACCAACACGCUGAUGGGCAUGGGCGCCUUCGCUGCCAUCACCACUUACUGGUACGCCACCAGACCACGAGCCCUGAAGCCAGCCUGCGACCUCACCAUGCAGUCUGUGGAGGUGGAGGGUGGAGAAUACGCCCGGCGUUCCAUCCUAUUGGACAGCGAAACGUUGAUGACCCAUUUCUACGAUGAUGCACGGACCAUGUACGAGGUGUUUCUGCGUGGGAUCAGAGUCUCCAAUAACGGUCCUUGUUUGGGGUCGAGGAAACCUAAGAAGCCGUACGAAUGGCUCUCUUAUAAAGAGGUUGCGGAGAGGGCGGAGAUGAUCGGUUCAGCGUUGCUCCACAGAGGUCACAGUAAAGCAGGAGACAAAUACAUCGGGAUCUUCUCCCAGAACAGACCCGAGUGGACUAUAUCAGAGCUGGCCUGCUACACCUACUCACUGGUGGCCGUUCCACUGUAUGAUACGCUGGGCACCGAGGCCAUCAGUUACAUCAUAGACAAAGCUGAGAUCUCGACUGUGAUCUGUGACGUGGUGCAGAAGGUGCGCACUGUGCUGGACUGCGUGUCGGGUAGAGAGCACACCGUCAGGACCAUCAUACUGAUGGAGGAGAAGGACGGUGAGCUCACUGAACGAGGAGAAAAGGAGGGCAUCCAGAUUAUCAACCUGAGAGAACUGGAGGUUAUCGGUAAAGCCUACCACAGGCGCCCGGCGCCUCCUACACCUGAAGACCUCGCUCUGAUCUGCUUCACCAGUGGAACAACAGGGAAUCCGAAAGGCGUGAUGCUCACACACGGCAACGUCAUCUCUAACUGCGCUGCCUUCAUCCGCAUCACACAGAUACACUGCAUGCUCAACCACACUGACAUCCACAUAUCGUACCUUCCCCUCGCUCACAUGUUCGAGAGGGUGGUAGAGAGCGUGAUCCUGGUGCACGGAGCGAAGAUCGGUUAUUUCCAGGGCGACAUUCGGACGCUGAUGGACGAUCUGAAGACUCUUAAACCCACCGUGUUCCCUGUCGUACCUCGACUCCUCAACCGCAUGUUUGACAAGAUCUUUGGGCAGGCGAACACUCCGCUGAAGCGAUGGCUGCUCGACUUCGCCACCAGGAGGAAAGAGUCCGAGCUGCGCAGCGGCGUCGUGAGGAAGGACAGCAUGUGGGACAAAUUAAUCUUUAACAAAGUCCAGGUGAGUCUGGGUGGACAGGUGAGACUGAUGAUCACCGGCGCCGCUCCGGUUUCCCCCACGGUGCUGACGUUCCUGCGAGCUGCUCUCGGCUGCCAGUUUUAUGAAGGUUACGGACAGACAGAAUGUACUGCAGGAUGCUCCAUGUCUCUGCCGGGAGAUUGGACGGCAGGUCACGUUGGUCCUCCUUUACCCUGUAAUUAUAUUAAACUGGUGGACGUGGCAGAGAUGAGCUACUAUGCAGCCAAUGGCGAGGGGGAGGUGUGUGUGAAAGGACCAAAUGUGUUCCAGGGUUACCUGAAAGAUUCAGAGAAGACCGCAGAGGCCAUCGAUAGUGCUGGCUGGCUGCACACUGGUGAUAUCGGCAAAUGGCUUCCGAACGGCACUCUGAAGAUAAUAGACAGGAAGAAGCACAUCUUUAAGCUGGCGCAGGGCGAGUACGUCGCUCCAGAGAAGAUCGAGAACAUCUAUAUCCAUAGUGACCCUGUGGCUCAAACCUUUGUUCAUGGAGACAGUCUACAGGCGUGUUUAGUCGGAAUUGUGGUACCAGACCCUGACAUCCUCCCAGGAUGGGCAAAGAAGAGAGGACUUGUGGGCUCCUACCUUGAGCUCUGCAAGAGCAAGGAAGUGAAAAAUGCCAUUCUUGAGGACAUGGUGCGGUUGGGGAAAGAAGGCGGUCUGAAAUCCUUUGAGCAGGUGAGAGACAUCACCCUGACCCCUGAGAUGUUCUCCGUGCAGAACGGCCUCCUCACACCCACCCUGAAGGCCAAGAGAACAGAGCUGAGGAACCACUUCAAAGAACAAAUCAAUCAGCUCUACACCAAGAUCAAGAUGUAAGCACAAACAGAGCUGGGGGAAAAAAACCAGAAGUUGACGUGAUCUCUCUAACGCAUAGCCUCAGUGAAAAUAAAGUGGCACUUUGACCUUUUUGCCUAAACAUAUUUAGGUCACAAAGAUUUAUUUAUUGCCUUCAGGCCAGUAAAUGCCUUUUGUCAUUUUAACAGAAACAAUUUUAGGAAAGAAAUAAAAAGGUGUCGCACUUCACCACCCAUUUAGCAUUAAAAUAAUAAACCAAACACGUCUGGACUGAUUACAUGAUCGAGGUGAACACUUUUUUUUUUCCAUUUUUUAUCGAAACGGUUCCUUGUAAAUGAUCAUAUUACUAAAUUGAUUCAAAUGAAAUGACCUCUGUUCACUCAGACUAAAAACAUACUGCAGUUAUCGUCUGCUGCUGUUAAACAGGGUUUCUUAUUUCUUAAAUUUAAGAAAUGUCAUUUUAAUUUUUAAUUUUUAAACGUUUGGUCGUUGCUAGCUUCUGUAUGCUGGUUUGUUUAGCCGUUCGGUCUUUGUGCCAUGUCAAUGUGUAUAGUAAUUAUUUCUGUUUAGUGCCAAAGACGGAGCAAUAUUGCUGAUUGCUAAGUCAGCUUACGUUUCUACGAAUAGUUUUUUUUGGUUGUAACCUUAAAACGUGAUCAUGAUUUUAUAGCCUGGUUUUAAACAUGUGACCUUUUUAAAAUGUAUAACACACGCACGCUGUUAUAGGAAAAUAGUCCAUGAAGACUUUCCUAUAACAACAUGGCUUAAAGUGUUUUAUUCCUCUCAUGCAACAGCAACGGUUGCUUAAACACGUCACAUUUCUCAAGCUGAAACGUUUACCUAAGCACAGCAACUGUUUUUUUUUUUUGUUUUUUUUUUUAUUCGUGUGUUUUAAAUUAAAAAAGUAUAUUUAAGAAAUACAUUGAUUGAAACAAAAAGUACCUCUAAAGUUGCACCUAAAUAACCACUGCCACUCCUAUACAACUCAAAUCUGUACAGAUUUAUUUAUGUUCUAAUCAUAUAUAUUUUUGUGUAUAAAUAUUGUAGUACUGAAUGUCGUGUGUGGGUGAAAUAAACGGAUCUGUUGUACAUCA